AUGGCGCCCGAGAUCAUCUACCUACCAGACGGGCAACACUUUACCGUCAAGCCCGUCUUCUCUGGCCUGUUUUUCAAGUCCAACGAGUUCAGCACCCAGCCCAACGCCUAUCCCAUUGGCUGGACCGUUGUUCUCAACACCACCAAGAGAGAACUCCCGAACCACCAUCAUUUCCACGACUCCCACCUCCAGAGCAACGGCGACACUACCAAUGGGGCCACGGAUGGCCAAGGCCAGAAUAACCACCACCAGACGAAUGGCGGGGAUUGGAUCAUCAAUAUCAAGAAAGACGGCGUGCUGCGUGGCCGAAAUCUGAUUCCCAAACUCGAGAGAAUGGGCUUGAUCGCGUCGGCCGACACCUCGGUGAGCGACGAGUCCAACGAGUCCUGGGCGCGCAUGUUUGUGUCCAAGAAAAUGUUUUGGCAGAUCCCCGGUCGCCUGUUCCUCUUUAGCCUGCAGCAUGCUGCCCCCAGAGUGCUUCCAUCCCAGGUUCACCACCUUGCAGCAGGCCCGCAACACCCUGUCACCGUCUGGCCCCCGCAUGCCGGCGACACCCCGAUUACUCUGCCAUGUUUUCGGUACCGACCAAGACAAUCACCGGGCCCCCGUCCAUGGUCCCUUCGAAUCCCUUCUAUUCGAACUCCCACUUGCCCACCUAUUACCCCCGGGCCGCUCACUUAUACCGUUACAAAUAACGUGCGACAUCCUAUGCGCCCAAAACCCCCACGGAUGGGAGAGAUUUUCUACGCCCGAUAUGUACCAAGCAUGGGCCACUACCUCUCAUUCCGCGUCGCUUCGACAUCGACAACACCAGUGCGAUACCGCGGUCCCCUGGGGCCCAAUUCGAUCGAGCAUACUCAUCUCCGCGAGCUAUCCGAUACUGCCCUGCUGCAGUCGUGGCUGGCCAAGCCUCGUGUCUCCAAAUUCUGGGGACAGUGGACAUCGGACUUCUUAACCAAUGCGGUCGCAUCACAGCACUCUUUCCCCGUCAUCGGGAUGUGGGACGGUGUGCCAUUUGGGUAUUUCGAGAUAUACUGGGCCAAGGAAGACUUGCUCGGACAGAAACUUGGCGAUCUCAUUUCCGACUGGGACAGGGGCCUGCAUAUUCUCUGGUCACUCAUGUCGGAUUACCGCACGAUGAGCAUUUGCCUCGAGCCCCGAAUUGACAAUGAGAGAUUCCUCUUGCACCUCCAGAAGGCAGGCUUCUCUCGGGAGCGUCAAAUUGCCUUUGCGCACAAACAAUCGUGGUUUAUUCGAAUGCGGAGAGAAGACUGGGAUGGGCCGGCCCUGUAA